AUGAACAUUGCCAAUGUCAGGAGCUUCGAUGGUCUCGCCGUAAAGGAGAUCUGGACCAACCAGUUCCAGUACUAUCAUUUCCACCCCUUCAUCUGCACACCGUCCCUAACGGCGACCUGGUCACUUCCAUCUAAUCACUUGCAGCUGAGCACCGAGAAUUUAGGACUGAAGCUGGACUCAGGGCCAAAACUCAAGCCCGAGGGCAUCACCACGACUACGUCGACCCCCGCCUUCAGCCUCUUUUGUAGCCAUGGCGGUCGAUAUGCGAAGGAUCCGACCAUGGUUGAGUGGUGCGAACUCGUCACGCCGUAUUCGAUCCUCUACCUGGACAGGGCGGACCUAGCCUACACGUCGAUGCGGGGCAGCAGGCUUCUAACAGUAAUGAUCAAGCACUCACCAUGGACCUACAUCUAA